UGAGCGUGAAGGUGCUCGUUAUUGUAUUGCCGAUCUGCUUUUUGUGACCCGAACGCUAUUCCGGUGACCGAGUGAGCGAGCUAACGCCGGUGCCAGAGUUUUUCGAGGGUGCCUUUAAUUACAUGUCGUUCCAGGUAAAAGAUGGAUCUUCCCCAGUCCUGAUGACGGUCAUUGCUAUAACAUUUGUUGCCAACAGCACAUUUUCUACGUGAUGAAAAGAACAGCAGUCAUGUUUCUAAUUUUCAUCUUGAUUGCUGGGAGCUCCCUAUGUAUUAAGGCUAGGAUAAAUGGCUGCUCAAGCAAAGGAGGAAUCUGCAGGAAGUCACAAAUCAAAAAGUGCGAAAGGUUGUACGAGAAAUGUCCCACAGGAAGACUAUGCUGUAAAAAAGGAUCAAGAGGCAAGAAACACAAGGACAAAAAGAAGAAGGCAGCGUGCGAUGACAAAGCGUGCGCGGGUCUGGGUGGCAUCUGUCUCACAAAAGGAGAGCGAGAUGCUGCUGCCUGCGGCGUCGAUGUCAACAUGCCCGAGUUAUGUCUGGGAAAAAAUUGCGUUUGCUGUCUCCGAGAUAACUCUGCUUGUGGCAUCAAGUCCCAGUGCCGAUUACGUGGUGGUAUCUGCGUGAAGGGAAAAGGGAAGUUGCUCGACAAUGGGAAUUUACUAAGGAACGGCUGCGCCACCGAUAGCUGCCAAUGUAUCAUACCUGAAAAUACGUGUGCCUGCGGAAUUGCCAAAAAGACACGAGUGAUCGGCGGGAAGGAGAUUCCCAUUCCUAAUAUGUACCCAUGGCUCGUGGGAAUACGGAAGAGCUCAAAGCGCCGAUACGAAUGCGGGGGAACAAUUAUCAACAGCCGGUACGUCGUGACGGCAGCCCAUUGCGUCCGUCAGGGUAGAAAGGUCAUCUCUCCCAAGAAACUUCUGAUCGGCGUGGCAGACCACAAUUACAAAUCAAAAGAGGACGACAUCAAAGGUGUUACCAAACAGGUCAAGAUUGCUAGAAUCACCGUCCACCCGAAGUACAGGGACGCGCUCCCUGGCUUCGACAUAGCUCUGAUUCGCCUGACGAAAGAGUUGGUCUUUGCCAGCGAAAUCGCCCCAGCUUGUCUGCCAACGGGAAACAGGAACUACAGUAACCAAAAUGGAAUUGCCCUCGGGUGGGGGGCUGUCAAUAACGAGACUUUUGCGUUAUCGACCGUUGCGCGGGAGGUCACCUUGCCCAUCCUGCCCCCGAAUUGCAACGGCAUCAAGGUCUCCUCAGUGAAGAUCACGAAGAUGAUGCUGUGCGCGGGAGGGAAAGGGGGAAAGGACACGUGUUCGGGAGAUUCGGGAGGCCCUCUGAUGGUCAAGGAGGAAGGUCGUUUCACACUCGUUGGCAUCACGUCUUUUGGAUCCGGAUGUGCCAAGGAGGGUCUGCCGGCUGUUUAUACCAGGAUGUCAGAAUAUCAAAACUGGAUUAUGCGGAACACGCAAGAUGCUGCUUAUUGCUCUUGACGGCAUCAGAGACUACUACCUUGUUUAGUGUAUGUAUUCAUUAUUCAACAACAAAUGCAUAUGUAUAUGCUGCAUAUAUAAAUUCACCAUCAUGUUCUACGUAUGUUGUAGAAUAACAUUGAUAAUAUAUCUUCUAUCGCUUAAUUCCCCACAACAUACGAUAAUUUCUAGUCAGAACUUACACAUCUGUAUUACCAGAAAAUGGUUUCGCCCUUUGUUUUCAUCCUGCAUAGGAUGUCGAAUUCUAAUAUUGAUUAAUGUUAUCGACUCUGUAAAAAGAAAGAAUCAAGUUACUUAUUUUUAAGAAAGUGAGGACAAUAAUAUGUACUCUGUAAUACUCAUGCUAUUCCGUUAUGUGAUCUUCAU